CUAAAUGACAGAACAAAAUUCAAAAAAUGGCAUCAUCAACUUCUAUUCUUUCAAUACCAUCACUUCCAUCCAAACUAUUUUCUCAAAGAAGAUCGAUACAUACAAGAAUAAUGACUUUGGCUAUGAAAAGAGAAGCCAAUGAUCAAAACGAUUAUAAUGGUGGAAAUGUGGACGAAAACAUGAUUAUACUUAGAAAAAGGAUUCAAGAGAUGAAGAUGAUUGAGAAGAAUUACGAGCCACCAGCAGAGUGGAUGGAUUGGGAGAAGAAGAUUUAUGGGAAUUAUAAUUCGAGUAUUUGUGAAGCUAUGGGAUUAUUGCAAUCUUUGUUGAUGAAUACAAGGCCAAGCUUGGCUUUAGGGAUGGUUGUACUUGUUGCAUUGAGUGUGUCCACAUCAACUUUUGUUGUGCUUUUUCAUCUCGUAGAAUUUACUAAAAGGGUUUUGGCUGGUGUUCAUAUUUGUUAAAGACUCAAUAGCAGAAGUAUAUGUAGAAAAGAUGAAGAAAGUUCUUUGUUUUUUUAUUUUUUGUGCGACUACUAUAUGUAUAUGGCUUUAAGAUUGAUUCUUUUGAUUUGUUAAUAUCAUUUGAAGAUUCAAAAUUGAAAUGAAUAAGAAAAUGCUAUUUGUUAUUUGUGGGUCUAGUAUAUUGAAUAUGUAUAAAGUUGAUUUUUUUUCGUUUUGUA